AUGUCUAGACUCGAGUCCAUCUCCAACGCCAGGAGCCCUGAUUCUGGUAGCGUUAUUUUUCGAUCGGUCCUGCUCUCGUCAUUCCAAGUCCUGGACCACCCAGGCAUUUUCGCCGGGGUCAAGUUCCCGCCCAAACAUCCUAAAGUUAACAACCGAAAGAGAGCCCGAGACUCCUGCGAGUCUCGCCCAGCUGACGAUGAACAUCCGAGUGAGGAACGUCGGAGCGAGUUAGCGAACGAGGGUGCUCUAAACCGUGACAAUGGAAGAUGUGUGCUUACGAAGCAUGGCCGCCCAACACUUCAUGUCGCCCAUAUUGUCCCGUUCAAGCUGCAUUCGAAGCCCAGGGAAUCGAGUUGGAACUGGUUGAAAUACUUUUGGGGCGAGACCAAGGUUGACGAGUGGCGGUCUGAAAUUCUAGGGGAAAACAAUGUCAUAGACACCGAGAGGAUCCACAACUUGCUGUGUCUUGCCCCAUCCGUCGAUCAGGCGAUCUGUGGAUUCCGCCCAAUUUCCGUGAACGAAGGGAAAACAUGCAUGGAAGUUGCAUUGCACUGGCUCCCGUUGCGCCACAAAGCAAUCCUGCAACGUGAUAUGCUGGCAAUUGAGGAACACCCGUACCCUGAACAUACCAUGGGCUUCACUGACAGCCCGGGAGAGAAUCUCUUUCUUUUUGACUUGAAUACGAAGCAGGUUCUCCCUUCGGGGCACAUCUUCCAGAUCCAAACUGAUGAUCCGGAAAAGAGACCGUUGCCGUCAUUCAGCCUCUUAGAGAUGCAAUGGCACCUCACUCGAAUCGUUGCUAUGCAAGGAGCCAGCGAGAGUGAUGAUAGCGACACACAGUCUGACAAUGAUAUUCUCACGGUUUCGUCUCGGUCCGGCUCCCGGUCCCGCUCCCCGGGCAAGGACGGCAGCAAGAUGCAAGAGAAUCUACGCCCUCCCCGCUCCCGUACUCAGUCGGUAUCUCCAUCCCCUUCUCUGAAGCCCAAGGCACUGCCGAUUAUCAUUGAAAAUGAUGAUUUUCUUCCUCAAGCUUCCUAG